AAGAGGAAGACGCAGAAUGAGGGCCCUGCGGGUGAGGGCCCCCAAGAGCUGGGCCGGGGACCCCAACCCGGAAGCCCUCGCCCCUAUAACGAGACUCACUGAACAUCCCGGGAUCUGGGGCCUUGGAACCUCAACCGCCCGGAACCGCUUUGAGAACCGAGUGGCUGAGAAACAGAAAGUCUUCCAGGCGGACAAUGACCUCCCAGUACACUUGAAGGGCGGGGCAACAGACAACAUCCUGUAUCGACUGACCAUGGGCCUGUGUCUAGGGGGCACCGUCUAUAGCCUGUACUGCCUUGGCUGGGCCUCCUUCCCUCACAACAAGUGAGACAAGAAGCCUGCAGGACCUGAACAAGCAUCAAUAAAUGUGUUGGCUUCUUGGGGAA